AUAAAUCUUGCCAGAAAACAGGUGAAGCCAUGCGUUUUCAUUCUAAAUACAUUGAGUGACUCAAAGACCAUGGGCCACUGGAUUACUGUUUAUCUUAAUUUUCAAAGUCAGACCAUAGGCUAUUACGAUAGCUAUAACUUGCAUCCCAAAUACAAUUCCGCUGUCUUACAUCAUUUUAUGCAAACUUGUCCACAUAUGAAAAUUAGCACAUUAAAUUAUCGACUUCAGGGGUUGAAUUCCCUCGUGUGUGGCAUUUAUUGCAUGUUCUUUUGCCUUCUACUGAGUUGGCAUACAUUAAAACGUGCAAUGUGCAUUAUUCACGCCACCUUCAAAAAGCAUCAAUAUCUAUAUAAUGACAAAAAAAAUUACUCGUAUGGUAUACGUAAUAUUUCGUAAUAUGCCGCAUUGCAUGCCUACGUUUUGCCCAGCCGGCAGCCGGGCGAGAUGUCGUAACAUCUGUAAAGCGGUAAUAAGGUAGAUUGGGGGGUGGGGUGGGGGUGGGAAAGGGGGUCAAUAUGGGGUAAUUGCUGACGGAUAAGCGUCACUUCGCCAUCACCUCUCAACCCAGUCGGACGUCGAAGCCUCAUCUCCAAGAAUGGAGCAAGCUAACAAACGUUUCAUCUUGAGAACUGCGGAACGCAUCUCUUUCCGCUUUGAUAUCUAUCUGGGCGAUGCUGGGGGUAAGCGAAGCCGUGCUGACCAUGAGGAUGUCAAUGUGGAGAAAAUGUCAGAACCUGCAAAGAAGAAAUUGAUCUUUAGUGAUGACGACAUGUCGCCACUGCCGGCCAGCCCACCUCCUGACGCUCCAUCAGGACAGGAGUCGCAACAGCAGCAGCCGACAUCGCAGUCGAUUCCGCCACCUCAGGAGUCGCUGAUGCCACCUCCGACCGAAGCACAGCCGCAACGGUCAGAUGAGUCGACAGUAGGCGGCAAAGAGGGUCAGGAGGUGAAGAAGAAGUCGCAGGAAAACAGAAAAAAAAAGAAUAUUCCCCCUAACACGCCAGAGGACGACAGCACACCAAAACUCCCCGUUGCUCCAGCCGCCCCUCGUAAGAAGCUGGUUCCUAGAGUUAUUAAAACUACGCCCGUCAUUGACAGCGAUGACGAUGAUCUCUUCGCCUUCAAUUCGCAAAUGUUUUGAAUGAAAGAGAUGUAUUUGCCCUAAUAAGCAAUGAGCUGUAUUUGUCCUAAUAAAAAUAAAAUGUUCCAUCGACUCUGCAUAACCUUUCUAAUAAUAAUAAUAAUAAUAA